AUGAACCCCAGUCUCACAGUAGUCCAACUCCAAGCUAGAGUAUACUCGAAGUUACCUAGUACACAAAUUACCAAUGACAUCAACAAGCAUGCAAGUACAGUACGGACCGACCAAUCAUGUGAAUUUGCCAAUCUGAACGACUACAAUAUACAGGUACAGGCACUCGGCCGUCCUCUAGUCAACAGUCUUCACCAUCCAUUCUUCUUAGUGGCCCGCGCCGUGUCAGCCAUCUGCAAGGGGAAAAGACGACUGCAUCCGGUCCAUCCCUGCGCGGAGAUCCUCUGCCAACUUACCUUACGGCUUGUCGACGGUCCCCGGGGCCUUUUGCCUCCGCCACCGGUCGUGUCAUUGGUCGAGCUGGAAUUCAUUUCCAUUGCGACCAACGAGAACGCGUCCUUCGUCUCCGGAACCGAAGCCACCGGACGGCUAUACCACCUCAUGUAUACUUACUACUGA